AUGUUCGAAGUUAUGUCAAAAUUCAAAUUCAUUUUUAUUCUGCCACUCUUGUACCACGCAGUAAAUGCAGCGGAACAACAGAGCGGCUUACAUUACUAUGGAACUUCUUACGUUCGGGACCAAAGUCCAAGCAUUACUACAUCAGAGGCUAUCAAAUCUGCUUCUCCUCAACCACGAUACAUUUUGGCACAAUCGCGGACGGUAUCCAGACCUAUUACGAUAGAUUUUCUCCCAGGAAGACGACAACCUGCGGUUGUAAUAUCCCGGACAACACCAACAAAUGGAAUUAAUCCCUGGACUCCGCCUUCAAUGACUACCUCUUCAACUCCGCCGCCAUAUCCGAAAUCACCAUGGACAAUUACAAGUAACGCAGAUCCUUCAUCAUCAUUGACAGUUACCAGCAAUUCGGAGCCGAUUAAUUCAUAUCGACCAUGGCAAUCAACACAGAGGCCAUACUUCACGACGACACCGACACAGACGCACAUCAUAAAUGCAACAAUCUCGCCCAAUUUAAUCAUAAUGUACCCGGGAGCAUCAGCGGGAACUUCAAUACCACCAUUUCUUCCAAGUGGAACAGGAGUGACAUCGCACAUUACAGGAAUAACAGAUGGUCAACCAAGACCCACACUUCCGCAGCCCGUUCAAACUAACUAUCCGUACCCUCAAUCAAAUACAUUUCAGACAACAGAUAAACCACUGCCCGCAUUGGUGUCAUCGCAAACUCCUCCUCUUUCUAUAGUAUCAGUCACAAGGCCUCCUCCAACAACACCGUGGACAAUCUCUACAACUGUAACUGAACCUCCAACAUCCCCUCUGUAUACUGGGUCCCAGAAAUCAAACGAGCCUGAACCAAGUCCGCCAAAUCCUUCGGUAACAGCGCAACAAAACGUUUUGUUUGGACCAGGUCAUUUAUCGACGAAUACAUCCGUUCCUGAGCCUCAACCCGAACAAGUACCAAUAUCGACUUUACCCGGCCUACAACCAAGCCCGAUAACAGGACAAACAAUUGAACUACAGCCAGAUAUAAGUUCCAGGCCUGCCUCAAUAAUACUGCCAGUUCGUCCUACUCCUCAACCAAUCCCUAACCCUAUAUCCCAGCCACAAUCAAUUCCAAUUUCGGAACCGAACUCUGUUUCUGUGCCACAAGGAGAAUUACCGUUAUCACCACAACAUCCACUUUAUCCAAACAUAACACCGCGACCUGUUCCAGUUCUUAUUUCACAGCCAACAGAAUUCCUAACGACAACUACUCCUUUAUCAGAGCUUCAGCCAGUUUCAGCACAGCCAGCUGUGCCGCCAAUAAGCUUUGUGACACAAGAAACUGAAACAAGGCUCGAGCCACAUCCAAUCCAGAUACCUAAACCUAACCCUCAACCGGCACCGGUGCUUUUACCAGUUUCACCACCAACUCCUUAUCCAAACAUUUGGUCACAACCACCACAGCCUACACUCUUUCCCGCUCAAAAGCCAAUAGAUGUACGCCAGCCUCCACCGCCUAUGACUUAUGCCGCGUCAUAUUCGAAAACGACUGAUUUCGUUUGCAGAGAGGCCUAUGGCUACUACCCUGUAACUAAUGAAUGCGACACUUACAUUGAAUGCAAGCAAGGUAUAGCCGUCAAACAAAGUUGUCCCGACGGGCUACAUUUCAAAUCGAGCACGCAAUGGCCAGAUUAUCCGUGCGCAUACCCUUCAGACGUUCAAUGCACAUCGGGGUCCAUCAAGCAAUACGCGAAUCCGACGGCAGAAUGCCCACAUGAAUACGGUUUUUAUCCGCUUAAAGAGAGUAAUUGCAGCAACUAUAUCAUGUGCCACGAGGGAAAACCAACAAUAAUGCACUGUCCUUACGGCCUCGCGUUCAACUUCGAUAAAAACAGCUGUGACUGGCCCGAGAACGUACCGGCUUGCAAUGUUGAUGCGUUCAAAAAUUUCACGUGUCCAACUCCACCUAUAAAUGAAGUCGGCGAUCUUUCAGACACCAUGCAUAAGUACAGGUAUGGCAACAGCUGCAGCUUCUACAUUGUCUGCCAUAGAGGAUAUCCACGUCUGUUGAGUUGCGAUCCCGGCCUAUCUUUUGAUCAAGAAUCGGAAUCUUGCAUAGAUUCUGCUCUUGUACCUAACUGUAACAUGGGUCAAAAAUAA